UUUUUAUUUUUUUUUUGUUCUCUGUUCCCUCUUCUGUGCGCGCAGGGAGAGCACAAUGAGUCAAUGAAAGCUGGAGGGGAGAGGCAGACUGUACAGCUGAUAAGAGAGACAGAGAGGCGGCAGAACCACAAAGGAGAGAGACGGACCAAGAGGGAAAGAACCUUUUUGGACAGACCACUUGCAGCAGAUGAGGAGGACGUCUUGUUUUAAUGACACACAAGGGGUCAAGUGACAGUGUCAGUCUAUCUCAGAACUGACCGCACUUCCUCUUUCUUUCUGCAUCGUCUGUUUUUGUGUCUUUUUUGUGUUUUCCCUCAUCCCUUCAGGGACAUUUGGACAAUUUCCUCCGCUGCGUUCGGUCUUUGUGGUCUGACGGGGUCUUGUUUGCCGCAGUAACCCGGGUUACGGGGAGUCUCGUCUCUGGGCGUCAGAGCUUCGGGAGAGGAGUAGAAGGAUGGAAGUGCAGAGGAGAACCAGGGCUGGAGCUGGGCCAGGGGCCCGCGGACGGUCGGCCCGCGUCGGGCAGUGGGCGCUGCUGUGCUGGGCCCUGCUUGGGGCUGGAGGCGUGGAGGCGUGCCCGUCUCCAUGCGCCUGCGUGGGGGCCACGGUGGACUGUCACGGGCUGGGCGUCCGGAACAUCCCCAAGAACAUCCCCAGGAGCACGGAGAGGCUGGAUCUGAAUGGGAACAACCUGACUCAGAUCACUAAGACCGACUUCUCCGGACUCAAACACCUCAGAGUCCUCCACCUGAUGGAGAACCAGAUUUCCAACAUUGAAAGGGGAGCUUUCGAUGAUCUGAAGGAACUGGAGAGACUCCGUCUGAACCGAAAUCGUCUCUCUCAGCUCCCUGAACUCCUGUUCCAGAAGAACGAGGCCCUGGCCCGACUGGACCUCAGUGAAAAUGUUAUCCAGGCGAUUCCCAGGAAGGCUUUCAGAGGGGCUACUGACAUCAGGAACCUUCAACUGGAUAAGAACUACAUAACAUGUGUUGAGGAGGGGGCCUUCCGUGCCCUGAGAUCCCUGGAGGUCCUCACCUUGAACAACAACAACAUCAGCAGUAUUCCAGUCUCCAGCUUCAACCACAUGCCCAAGCUACGCACCUUUCGUCUCCACUCCAACAGUCUCCGGUGUGACUGUCACCUGUCCUGGCUGUCUCCCUGGCUGAGACAGAGGCCCACCCUGGGUCUGUACACCCAGUGUAGUUCCCCGCCCACCCUCCGGGGCCUGAACCUGGCAGAGAUGCAGAAGAACGAGUUCACCUGCUCAGGUCACAGUGACAGCGCGUUUGUUCAGCCGUGCAGCCUGGCGUCCGGUUCCUGUCCCCCCAUGUGCUCCUGCAGCAAUGGCAUUGUCGACUGUCGAGGGAAAGGCCUCACUGCCAUCCCCGCCCACCUGCCUGAGGCCAUGACGGAGAUUCGUUUGGAACAAAACGGCAUUAAGUCGGUUCCCCCUGGAGCCUUCACAUCCUACAAGAAGCUCCGCAGAAUAGAUCUGAGUAACAACCAGAUAUCAGAGAUCGCGCCAGAUGCGUUCCAAGGCUUAAAAGCCCUCAACUCGCUGGUCCUGUAUGGUAAUAAGAUCAAAGAUCUGCCUGGAGGAGUGUUUGAGGGUCUUAGCUCUCUGGAGCUGCUUCUCCUGAAUGCCAAUAAGAUCCACUGUAUUCGAGCUGCAGCCUUCCAGGAUCUGGAGAACCUGGCUUUGCUGUCUCUCUAUGACAACAAGAUCCAGACCCUGGCCAAGGGAACCUUCACAGCUUUACGCAGCAUACAGACACUUCACCUGGCCCAGAACCCGUUUGUGUGUGACUGUAACCUGAAGUGGCUGGCGGACUACCUGAGGUCCAACCCCAUAGAGACCAGUGGCGCCCGCUGUGCCAGCCCCAGACGACUGGCCAACAAACGCAUCGGGCAGAUCAAGAGCAAGAAGUUCCGCUGCUCUGCCAAGGAGCAGUACCACAUCCCAGGUGCUGAAGACACCCGUCUGAAUAAUGAGUGUAACAGCAAACCAGUGUGUCCUGCCAAGUGUCGCUGCGAAGCCAACGUAGUGGACUGUUCCAACCUUCGUUUGGUCAAGUUCCCCGAGCACCUUCCUGCCUCUACCGUCGAGCUGCGUCUCAACAACAACGACAUCUCGGUGCUGGAAGCGACCGGCGUCUUCAAGACCCUCUCCCAGCUCAAGAAAAUUAACCUUAGCAACAACAAGAUCUCUGAGAUUGAGGACGGGGUGUUUGAGGGGGCGUGGUCUGUAGUAGAGCUGCACCUGACAGCCAAUCACCUGGACUCUGUCAGAGGAACCAUGUUCCGGGGCAUGGGCAGCCUCCGCAUGUUGAUGUUAAGGAACAAUCGUAUCAGCUGUAUCCAUAACAGCAGCUUCACUGGUCUGACCAACGUCCGCCUCUUGUCUCUCUAUGACAACCAGCUUAACACCAUCAUGCCCGGGGCAUUCGACACACUGCCCAACCUGUCCACACUUAACCUGCUGGCCAACCCGUUUAACUGUGACUGUCGCCUGGCCUGGCUGGGGGCGUGGCUUCGCUCUCGGCGAAUCGUGACAGGCAACCCCCGUUGCCAGAGCCCCUCCUUCCUCAGGGAGAUCCCCCUGCAGGACGUUGCUGCGCCCGACUUCCGCUGCGAGGACGGUGCCGUGUUGGAGGACGGCAGCUGCGUGGCCCGUCCCCAGUGUCCCGGUGAAUGUACCUGCACGGAGACGGUGGUUCGCUGCAGCAAUAAGCACCUACAGGGCCUGCCCAGGGGGCUGCCCCGCAACGUCACCGAACUGUAUCUGGACGGGAACCAGUUCAGCAUGGUGCCCAAAGAGCUGUCCACCUUCAAACAUCUGCAGUUGGUAGAUCUUAGUAACAAUAGAAUCAGCUCCCUGUCCAAUUCCUCGUUCGCCAACAUGACCCAACUUACCACUCUCAUCCUGAGUUAUAACUCUCUGCGCUGUGUCCCACCGAUGGCUCUGGGUGGACUACGCUCUCUCAGACUGCUAUCUCUCCAUGGCAAUGACAUCUCUGAACUACAGGAGGGCAUCUUCAGUGAUGUGGCUUCUCUGUCUCACCUGGCGAUCGGCGCCAACCCCCUGUACUGUGACUGCCGUCUCCGUUGGCUGUCUGACUGGGUGAAGAGUGGUUACAAGGAGCCUGGCAUCGCCCGCUGUGCCGGACCGACGGGCAUGGAGGGAAAACUACUUCUUACCACCCCUGGGACCAAGUUCGAAUGUCUGGGUCCAGUGGAGCCGUCGGUCCAGGCCAGGUGCAGUCCAUGCGUGUCCUCUCCGUGUCAGAACCAGGGCGUGUGUCAGUCUGACCCGGCAGAACUCUACGCAUGUGUGUGCGUGGCCGGCUUCACGGGUAAGUACUGUGAGACACCAGUGGAUGUGUGUGCCAGCAAUCCAUGUACUAAUGGAGGAACCUGCAUCAGCGACGAACAGACCAGAGGUUUCAGUUGUUCGUGCCUGGUAGGUUUCCACGGCUCCUUCUGCGAGGUGGACAUUGACGACUGCGAGGACCACGGGUGUGAGAAUGGCGCCACCUGUGUGGACGGAGUGGGUAACUACACCUGCUUCUGUCCACCCUUCUACAUAGGCUUGCUGUGUGAGGAAGAGGAGGAUGUAUGUUCUUCAGGUAGAAACCCCUGUCAGCAACACUCAACCUGCCUCAGCACUGCUACAGGACCCAGGUGUGUGUGUGCCCCAGGCUACGUCGGAGACGACUGCAGUGUGGACUACGAUGAGUGUGACGACCAUGACUGUCAGAACGGAGCGGUGUGUGUGGACCAGGUGGACGGAUACACGUGCACUUGUCCUCCGGGAUAUAGCGGCGAGCUGUGCGAGGUGUUCCCUCCUCCGCCGUCUCCCUGUCAGCUGGCCCCAUGUCAAAACGGCGCCCCCUGUGCGGACAGAGGGGGCGCUGCGCUGUGCCAGUGUCUGCCCGGGUUCGAGGGCGUCCGCUGCGAAAAGCUUGUCAGUGUGAACUUUGUAGACAGAGACUCGUACCUACAGCUCUCCGACCUGAAGAACUGGCCGCAGGCUAACAUCACCCUACAGGUGUCGACAGCAGAGGAUAACGGUGUUCUGCUUUACAAUGGAGACAACGAACCAAUGGCUGUGGAGCUUCAUGAAGGUCAUGUCAGGGUCAGCUACAAACCUGGUAGUCAGCCUGGACACGCUAUCUACAGCACUGAGACGGUGAAUGACGGGCGUUUUCACACGGUGGAGCUGGUGACCUUUGACCGGACGAUGAACCUGUCUGUGGACGGGGGGGCCCCCACCACUCUGGAUAGUCUGGGAGGGGUCCGCCCCCUGUCUGGCCAGGCACCCUUAUACGUCGGGGGUAUGCCAGAGGUACCCCACUCCUCCCUGAGUGUCUUCCAGCCCUACAACUCCUCCAGUUUCCACGGCUGCAUCAGGAACCUGUACAUCAACCAUGAGCUGCAGGACUUCACCCAGACCACAAUGAAGCCGGGGGUGGUGCCGGGGUGCCAGCCGUGCAGGAAGCUGUUCUGCCUCCACGGGGUGUGCCAACCCGAUGGUGCCCAGGGACCCCUCUGUCACUGCCAGCCCGGCUGGGCCGGCCCACACUGUGACCAGCCAAUAGGAGGAGGGCUCGGGGGAGAUUUUGCCCCGGCGACGGCAGCUGUUCCGUGCCAGGAGAACAAGUGUGCGCGCGGCGCUUGUGUGGCACUGGAUGUUCAGUCAUACAGGUGUGAGUGUGCUGAGGGAUGGCGCGGCCCCCUGUGUAACCAACAGGGGGAGCUACCGGCGCUGACGGUGCCAGCUGAGCCAGUCGAAGUGGAGUCGGCCUGUCGUGGCGUGGCGGUGCGCGACUUCCACUGGGUGCAGCGCGGCCGCGCCCACUGCCAGACGACGCGGCCCUUCUCCUGGGUGGAGUGCCGCGGGGGCUGCCGGCUCGGCGGGACGGAGAACGCAGGCACGUGCUGCGCCCCCCUGAGGGUGCGUCGCCGGCGCUACACCUUCGAGUGCGACGACGGCACCUCGUUCACCCAGGACGUGGAGAAAGCGGUUGAGUGCGGCUGUAAGGAGUGUGUGUAGAGCCGUCGUGGUGGUACAUACACGUACACACACACACACACACACACAUACUGUCGAGUGCAUUGAGCUGAAGAGGAAUUUACUGAAAACACUGUAAGGAAAAUAUAUUUAUGAGAAAUGCAGACUUUUUAUGUGUGUCGUGAACAACAGUUUGUAUAGGACAGUUCUGCCCUGCCAUGGAUGGCCAUCCAACACAGAAGCCGUAACCCUCAUCUUCAUGAUCUUUCGUUGUCAAAUACAUCUAUCUGCAGAAAGCAUACUGUGGCACCACAAGUGGUGAUGUGAUUUUUUAAAAGGGAUGACAGUUACUUGAUUUACAGUGUAAUGUUUAACUUUGUCUACUGUAUAGUCCUUAAAGUUCCAUAUUUAGACUGGAGUCUGACACGGACAUAAAACCUAAGUCUACUUAAAUAAAAACAAAAUCUAAAUGUCAACCCCCGUUAAAAGUGUGUAAAAUGUUUUCUGUUUUUGGAAGCACUGUUGCAGCAACAGUUUUGCGUUCAAAAUGAAUCUUCCCCGCUCCUUCGCUUUCCAAUCGCGCUAGAGUGUUUUACCAGUGUUUUGCUUUGAACAGCUUCAGAAAGUUCUAAAAAUAUAUAUUUUUUGAUAUUGUAAAGAUAUUUCAAUGGCACAGUGAUUCACAGCACUAUUUAGCGCUUGUUUUUCUCACAACAAAAAACGUAGUACAACUGUACAGGAUGUUUGCAACCGGGUUUUUGCUAGCUCCAAUCUGUGUUUGUCGAUUUGCUUAAGGAGACGAUCCCAUCCCUUAGCGGUGCCGAUCGAGGACAGGUGAAGCAUUUUCUUCAUGACAGUUGAAUCUGCUCUGGCUUCUGUUGUCCAAUGUAAAUCCAGAACCUGUGAAAAUAAUCCACAAGGGAUAACGUAUUGGUGAAACAUUAUCCAAUUAUUCCAAUAUUACAGGAGAUGUUCUGGAUAUUUUUCGGAAAUCUGUGUGUGCACGUCCCAACGGCGUUAAACAGAGAGGGCAGGCGACUGUGGGAGGAGGGGCAUUUCUGGGGAGCGGUAGAGUCACUUCGGCCUGGUUUAAAGAGUCGGACGUAGGGGCGUUUUGGAGCCCAUCUGUCGCUGAACAAACGUUCUGUUUACGAGUUUAUGCCGGAAACUUCCUGAAUAUGUGUAAUGGUCAAUAGUUGAGUUGUGCCAUUGAGUAACCUCCUCCUCCGGCAUGUGUGGAGUAUUAUCAGAAGUUAGCCAAAAUCCGUCCCACACAGAAAUGACAAUAUCUUUAUUUAUAUUGUGGUAUCACUAAAACAGAAAACGUCAUAACAUUUGCAUUGUUUUAGUUUGAUUUUGUUUUUUGUUUUCACAUAGCGAUGUUUCAGUUUUCUUUCGUAACGCUAACUUAGCUUUAAGUAGCCCCUUUGUAUAAUGAUACAAUAUGGUAACUGCCUAACAGAUUGUAUAUUAUUGUUUUUCAUUUUUGACAGUAUUUUUAUAUGUUGAAAUGUGUGUUUGCGGGGAUCUUGGUAUGGGAUAUAGAGAGAUAUACACUGUCAUUGUAUCCAGUCUUUAACGUUACAGGAUAUUUUGAUGAAUAGGUUGGGUAACAUUUCAUUUGGAUUGCCAGUCUGUAAUGGAUUGUUUCCACCCUGCCUGAUUGUCAUCUUAAAGGCAUUGUGGUUUCCGGUGGCAUGGUUCCACUGAGCCGACGUGUGUGGCAUUUGGCCGGUGCCCCCACAAACGCCUUUAAGAAUGACUGUGAGUGUGACUCUGGGCCUGAUGCUGCCAAAACGUGUUAGUUACACCCGCCCUACUGUCAGCCCUGAACACAGUGUUCUCAUGGAAAUGUUAAAUACUACUAUGGUUAUUAAACUUUGUCUAUCUACUUGAUGAAUAUAAUAUCAACGAUUUGCUUCAGAUAAUGCGUAGUGAUUUUUUUUUAUUUAUUU